AUGUUCCCUGCGGGGACGCCCUCGGAGGGACAUACUACCUGGGUCACUUCAACGGCAACCGACAAAGGAGGACGAUUGAGUUGGUCUGAUGUUCAAGCUCUGAAGCCACUAGUUAAUUAUCAUGUAGCGCAAGUUCAACCAGCCUGCUACAUUCUUGCGUUAGAUUUGGCUAGAGUAGAAGAAGAACUAUUAGAUCAAGUCCCUCUUAUUAUGAGAGCAGAUAAAAGUCCUGCGUUAGAUCCACAUAUUUUUGACGUAAUUGAAGUAAGAUCGUACAAGCAAGUAAUGAUCAGAGGAUAACU